AUGUCAUUAGCUAGGGGCCUGACCUCUAAGUUCUUGGGUAAGGGACAUAAUUACUUCUAUUCUAAUAACAGGAUUCCUUUGAAGUCCGCUUUCAGCGGCGCAAAGUUGGUGCUUUAUAGCGCAAGCUUCGUUGGAGGUACGGUCGCGGGAUAUUAUCUGAUGAACUCCCGGUCUGCCAUUCACGAGUACCUGUUGUGUCCAAUUAUCAGGUUGGCCACUCCUGAUGCUGAGGAAGGUCAUAAAUUGGGAAUAUUCUUACUCAAAUGGGGUCUCGCUCCUAAGUUAUUAUUCGACAAAGAUGACGAAAUAUUGCAUGUCAAAGCCUUUGGCAAGACAAUCACCAAUCCAAUUGGAUGCGCGGCAGGCUUGGACAAAAAUGGUGAAGCUGUUGAUGGUAUUUUUCAAAGUGGUUUCGGUUAUCACGAAAUUGGUUCUAUUACUCCACUUCCUCAACCCGGUAACCCAAGACCAAGGUUCUUUCGAUUGCCUCAAGAUGAAGCUGUUAUAAAUAGAUACGGUUUCAACUCCAAUGGUCACGACUUUGUCCAUUCGUUACUUACUAAUCGGGUCUCCGCGUUUCUUAAUUCAUAUUUUGAAGACAAAAGCAUUGCUAACUUGUCCCUUUACAAAGACAAACUCUUGGCAAUCAAUUUGGGUAAAAAUAAAAACGGAGACGAAGUUAAUGACUAUCUUAAAGGUGUGGAGAAAUUCCAAUCUCUAGCUGAUGUUCUAGUAAUCAAUGUUUCUUCCCCUAAUACCCCAGGCCUAAGGGACCUACAAAAUGAGGCUAAAUUGACGGACUUGUUAACUCAAGUAGUUAAGAAAAGGGAUGAAUUGGUAAAUCAUGGAAACGCUCUUGGUGCAGAGGCUCAUAAACCUCCGGUUAUGGUGAAAAUUGCUCCAGAUUUAACUGAGCCUGAGUUACAAUCUAUUGCAGAAGCUGCCAAAAGAUCCAAAGUUGAUGGCAUAAUUGUAUCCAAUACCACUAUUCAAAGGCCGGAUAGUUUAAUUACUCCCGACCCUGAACUAAAAAAUCAGACUGGAGGGUUGUCGGGGAAGCCACUUAAACCAUUCGCUCUGAAAGCUCUCAAAAAUGUCUCUAAAUAUACUAAAGAUUCAGGUCUAGUUUUAGUUGGAUGUGGGGGAAUUUCAUCAGCGCAAGAUGUCUUGGAAUUUGGAAGAGCUGGUGCUAGUUUUGUUGAGGUGUACACUGCCUUCGCUUACAAAGGGCCGGCUAUAGUUAGCAAGAUCAAGGACGAUGUGACCGCUGAAUUGAAAAAAGAGGGUAAAACGUGGAUGGACAUUGUAGGAGAAGAUAACAAGUAA